UUGUAAAUAAACCAUUAAAAUGUACUAAGUUUCGCAUUUUAUUUAAUUUUAUAUAAUUAUUAAAGUAACCAUCUAAAUUAAAAGUUAAAGAAUGGCGCGUAUUACAUGGCGUACAACUUUUACUCAGAAUCUAGUCUCGAAAUCGCGACUACGCUGGAGCUAUAUGAAGCAUUGCUGGCAUUCGCUUACGUUUAAUGCUCAUAUGAAUUCCAGCUAUGCUACAGACGUUUGCUUGACGCCUAUUUUCUGGAUUGUAGAUAACUAUACAAACUGCUUAGGCCCAUUCUUCGUUGUAGGCACUGCCAUUUUAACCACUGCCAUAGUGUCCAUUGCCUAUUGGAUUGGCUUCCCCUUUUGGUGGGCCAAGAGCCAAGCAGUAACCGUACUGCUGCUCAUAGUAGGCAAUUGGCUGCUGCUGAACAUCAUUUUUCAUUAUGUGAUGGGUGUGAUGACCCCAGCUGGUCAUCCAGCUGAAGGUGUUGCCCAUGUCGAGGCUGUGAGCAUGUGCAGCAAAUGCAUCUCCCCAAAGCCUCCACGCACGCAUCACUGUUCCAUUUGCAAUCGCUGCAUCUUAAAAAUGGAUCAUCAUUGUCCCUGGCUUAAUAACUGCGUUGGCUUUGCCAAUCAUCGCUACUUCUUCCUCUACAUGGUCUACACCACACUCGGCUGCCUCUUCCUUAUUGUGGCUGGCGUGGAGAUUGGCUACAAGUAUCUUUGGCUGGAUCACAGCGAGCACUGGACAGAGCUGGAACCUCUCGAGGGUCAUCCAGUGAAAUUCAAUCAGAGUGGACAUGUUAUAGCUGUUAAGCAUCCGCAUGAAUACGAUGACAUUUUGAUGCCGGCAGCUGUGCAUCAUUUGCCCACGCCCAUGGCAGAGUCGCCCGAUGCCACGCCCACACGACGACGUGUCUUAUGGUUUAUGGCUGUGAUCAAUGUGGCAGUGGUCCUUGCCUUGGGAAGCCUGUGCAUCUGGCAUGCGAAGCUAAUCACGCGCGGCGAGACAAGCAUCGAGGCGCACAUUAACGAGGCUGAACGCAAGCGUUUUCAGAAACAAAAUCGAGUCUAUAUAAAUCCCUAUAACUUUGGCCCCAAAAAGAAUUGGAAACUGUUUCUGGGCCUUGUGCGUGGCAGAUCAUUUUGGCGCACCGUGCUGCUGCCCUCGUGGCACAAACCGGAGGGCGAUGGUCUUAGUUUUCACACUGUGCACGAUGCACCCUUCGAGGACGAGUGGCCAUAGUCCGUGGCCUGCGCUUGAGCGCAGGAUUCGAAGCUUUUGUGAUGUCAAAUUAGAGAAAAUAUAAUUUUAAUUUAGGUUUAAGUCUGGCAAUUCCAUAAGCUAAGCAUUAACUAUGUAGUGCAGUCCGCGUUUCCAUAGAGAUGUAGAAAUAUAUAUAUGUACGCAAGAACUCAAUA